ACGCAGUGGAAGCGCGAUCACAUAUGUGUGAGCAGCUGGAUCGAGAGGAUAUAUUUGGAUGUUUUGAUGCUCAACGACAACAAUAACCAACAGAUGGAUUUAAGUUCUUGCGUGUGAAGCCGGUUGUGGGUCGUAGCUGAAUCCAUGCAUGGAUAACUUCACUGUUUCUGCGCUUAAAAAGCACCGCACAACAGUUCCGGGGGACACAAGACAGACCCUCCGCUCUCCUUCAUCCAAACAUUAAUACAGCCCGGUUCGCUGCGUUUAAGUGCUGUGUCCCAUCACAUUGUACACAAUCAGUGUUUAUCUAGUUAUGCAAUACAACAGAGUCGCCUUUUUACUCAUUUUCGGACUGGUUAUUUGGUUGUAGAGUGCUGAAUUUCCGUCAAAACACCAUUCACUCGUGCUGCAAGUUGAUGUUAGCAUGUUCAAAGUAAAAUAACACCAGGCGAAGAUGAACAGGAAGAAGGAUAAAGGAUUUGAGAGCCCUCGCCCUUUUAAAUUGACCCACCAGGUGGUGUGCAUCAACAACAUAAACUUCCAGAGGAAAUCUGUCAUUGGCUAUGUGGAGCUGACCAUUUUCCCCACAGUGGUCAACCUGAACAGAAUCAAACUCAACAGUAAACAGUGUCGCAUCUACAGGGUCCGAGUCAAUGAGCUCGAGGCCCCGUUCAUCUACAAUGACCCCACGCUGGAGGUGUGCCAUCAUGAGUCCAAACAGAGAAACCUCAACUAUUUCUCCAGUGCCUACACAGCAGCAGUGAGUGCUGUGGAUCCUGAUGCAGGACACGGGGAGCUGGUUAUCAAAGUUCCCUCUGAACUCUGGAAACAAGGAGACGAUUUGAAGGUGUUAAAGGUGUACAUUGAGUUUUCCUUGGACCAGCCCAAAGGGGGUCUCCACUUUGUUGUUCCUGAUGUUGAGGGCAGCAUGGCAGAGAGAGGAGCUCAUGUGUUCUCCUUUGGAUACCAGAACUCCACCAGGUUCUGGUUCCCGUGCGUUGACUCCUACUCAGAGCUGUGCACGUGGAAGCUAGAGUUCACAGUGGACGCGUCCAUGGUGGCAGUGUCCUGUGGGGACCUGGUGGAGACCAUCUACACCCAUGACAUGAGGAAGAAGACGUUUCACUACGUCCUCCCUAUCCCCACCGCUGCACCCAACAUCUCCCUGGCUGUGGGGCCCUUUGAAGUUCUUGUAGAUCCCUACAUGCAUGAGGUGACUCAUUUCUGCCUGCCCCAGCUGCUGCCUCUGCUCAAACACUCCAUGUCCUACCUGCAUGAGAUUUUUGAGUUCUAUGAGGAAAUCCUAACAUGCCGCUACCCUUAUUCCUGCUUCAAGACUGUGUUUGUGGAUGAGGCCUAUGUACAGGUGUCCUCCUACGCUUCCAUGAGCAUUUUCAGCACCAACCUGCUCCACAGUGCGAUGAUCAUUGACCAGACCCCGCUCACUCGGCGUUGUCUAGCCCAGGCCCUGGCACAGCAGUUCUUUGGCUGUUUCAUCUCCCGAAUGUCUUGGGCUGACGAGUGGGUGCUGAAGGGAAUCUCAGGCUACAUCUUUGGACUCUACCUGAAGAAGACGUUUGGAGUCAAUGAGUACCGACACUGGAUCAAAGAGGAGCUGGACAAGAUUGUGGAAUAUGAGCUGAAGACUGGCGGGGUUCUCCUGCAUCCAACGUUCAGCGGGGGCAAAGAGAAGGACAAUCCAACACCACACCUCCACUUCUCCAUCAAGCACCCCCACACACUGUCAUGGGAAUAUUACAAAAUGUUCCAGUGUAAGGCUCACCUCGUGAUGAGACUGAUAGAAAAUCGGAUCAGCAUGGAGUUCAUGUUGCAGGUUUUCAACAAGCUCCUCAGCCUGGCCAGUACAGCUUCCUCUCAGAAGUACCAGAGUCACAUGUGGAGCCAGAUGCUUGUCUCGACUCAUGGCUUUCUCAAAUCCAUCUCCAAUGUCUCCGGCAAAGACAUAGGACCUCUCAUCAAGCAAUGGGUAGACCAGAGUGCUGUGGUGAAGUUUUUUGGCAGUUUUGCCUUCAACAGGAAGAGAAAUGUUCUGGAACUGGAGAUCCGCCAGGACUACACAUCAUCAGGCACUCAGAAAUAUGUGGGCCCCAUCAAAGUGACAGUGCAGGAAUUGGAUGGCUCCUUCAACCACACUCUGCAGAUAGAGGAGAACAGCCUGAAACACGACAUCCCCUGCCAUUCGAAGAGCAGACGUAACAAGAAAAAGAAGAUUCCUCUGAUGAAUGGAGAGGAGGUUGACAUGGACUUGUCAGCCAUGGAUGCCGACUCUCCGCUCCUGUGGAUCCGUAUCGACCCAGACAUGUCCAUUCUGAGGAAGGUAGAGUUUGAGCAGUCUGACUUCAUGUGGCAGUACCAGCUGCGCUUCGAGAGAGAUGUAGUGGCACAGGAGGAGGCUAUCUCAGCACUGGAAAAGUUCCCAAAUCCUGCCUCCAGACUGGCUCUGACUGACAUCCUGGAGCAUGAACAGUGUUUCUACAAAGUCCGCAUGCAGGCUUGCUUCUGUCUGGCCAAGAUUGCCAAUGCCAUGGUGAACACCUGGCAGGGGCCUCCAGCUAUGAAGUCUCUGUUCACUCGAAUGUUCUGCUGUAAGAGCUGCCCCAACAUUGUGAAAACCAACAACUUCAUCAACUUCCAGAGCUACUUUCUACAAAAGACAAUGCCAGUUGCCAUGGCGUUGCUCAGAGAUGUCCAGAACCUCUGUCCCAAAGACGUCCUCAACUUCAUCCUCGACCUCAUCAAGUACAACGACAACAGGAAAAACAAAUUUUCAGACAACUACUACCGUGCAGACCUGAUUGAAGCUCUGACAAACUCUCUGACCCCAGCCAUCAGCAUCAACAAUGAGGCGCGAACAGUGGACAAUUUAAAUGCGGAUGUUCGCCUCAUCUUGGAGGAGAUUACAAGAUUCCUUAACAUGGAGAAACUACUACCUAGCUUCAGGAACACCAUCACUGUCAGUUGUCUGAAGGCAAUCCGCCAGCUUCAGAAGAACGGUCAUAUUCCCAGUGACCCGUUGCUCUUUAAGUCCUAUGCUGAGUACGGACACUUUGUCGAUGUUCGCAUCGCUGCGCUGGAGUCUGUGGUGGAUUAUACCAGAGUUGAACAGAGCUCAGCAGAGCUGCAGUGGCUGCUCAACAUGGUCCAGAACGACCCAGCUCAUUAUGUCAGACACAAGAUCCUGGGCAUGCUGGCUAAGAAUCCACCCUUUACAAAAGCAGCAGACUCAGGUCUCUGCAAUGAAGCCCUGGUGGACCAGCUGUGGAAGCUAAUGAACUCCGGUACCUCUCAUGACUGGCGGCUGCGCUGUGACGCUGUGAACCUCUACUACACCUUGUUUGGUCUGACUCGGCCCUCCUGCCUGCCCUUGCCAGAACUGGGUCUGGUGCUCAACCUGAAGGAGAAGAAAGCUGUGCUCAACCCCACCAUUAAACCUGAGCUGGGGGUUGGCACUAUUAUGGACACCCCUGCCAGUAUUGGCAUCCAUGGCAUUGGCAUGAGCUACUCCACGGUGGAUGAGGAGCCAGACCCGAUUGCAUCAGGAGUGUGUGGUGUCGGCCAGCCUCCUCAAGGGCUGAAGAGGAAGGCUGAGACUCCUCUGGGCUCUCCUCCAGAGCCAGGACAGAUACUGCAGCAGCAAGACGAAGAUGGGAGCAGAGGACGCUACAAAAUCAGGUUCAACACAAUGGAAGAGGAAGACAUUGAUAUGGAGACGGUUCACGACAGCCAAGCUUUCAUACACCAUCACCUGAAUCUGCUUGAGAGACCGUCCACACCAGGCAAAGAGCCACCGUCAGUCGAACAGCCCAUGCUCUCCAUGCCCGCCACUCCUGUGCCCUCAUUCUCCAAAGAGACCACCUCCUCAUCCUCCAAGCACGGAGGCGAGCACGGCCACCAUCACCACCACCACCACCACGAGCACAAGAAGAAGAAGAAGAAACACAAGCACAAACACAAGCACAAGCACAAACACGAAAGCAAGGACAAGGAGAAGGACAGAGAGAGGGACAACUCCCACGCCUACAGCAACAGCCCAGCCAGCGGCAGAUCAUUGCGCUCGCCUUCUCUGUCUGACUGAAUUUCUCGAGGGACAUUUGUUCCCCGGCUCCUGUACAGCUGUUUGUCUGAUUUCAUUUGAAGUCACAGCCACUGUCUGUGGACAGUUUGCAGUUUUCUUCCACUCUCAGGUGAAUUAACUUAGCGAAAACAACCCCUUCAAACACAGUGAAAAACAAAUCAAACAACAAUUAAGGAUUUGAUGAGGCUAAAUAAACUUUAUCCACAAAUGUUAGCAAUAUCAAUGGUACAGUCAAGGCUAAGUCUUUGUUUGGAUACAUCUCAUAUAAUGUGCUGAGGCAUUCAUUUGACGCAGCAGCUGCCGGAUGUAAUCAUUUCACAGUAGACAGUUUACAUCCCUCAGAGUAAUCAUUUGGUGUGUUUUUUGCAGACACAAAAUGGCAAAAGUGUAGGCAACGUAGUUUUAUUUAAAAUGAUAGAUAUUCAAUACUUAGUAUUUUAAAUGUAAAAGUAUUAUCAGUUACAGCUACAAAAGUGUUGCCAAUUCCAGCAGUGUACAUGUACUGCAAAAUGUGUGGGUUACAUAUUGACUUGCAUACCAGUGAUUUUCUGUUCGCAGGCAUUGGAAGCAUGAUAACUGAGGACAGUUGUAUCAGGGGAUACUUAUUUUGGCAAUUGUUUAAGGAAAAAUAUUCUGGAAAGUUUCCAGUGGAAACCUUUAUGAGUAUGAUUAUACAAGUGUUGCAGUCCUUACACACAAAUUGCAUCACUGAUUCCUCAGCAUUUCUGCAUUUGUGAUGUCUGCCAGUAGCAUCGCAGAAACAGUAAUGCACCUUGUGGGGAGGAAAGUGGAACCCCGGACUGCGGCUGCACAGUGUCAUUAAAUCAUGCAGAGGCGUCCCUGUGUCCCAACACCACACACAAACACCCUGCAGAAGGAGUUCCUGUGCUCUCUACACCGCUUCCCGGCCCCUCUGAAGCAGCAACCACAUACACCUCUCUCCACAAACAGACUCACACACACACUUUCCCAACCCCGUGCACUUUUCUCCCUGUGCAGACACCACUCUGGUGCGCCUCAUCCCCACAGCUCCAUCCCAACAUUCAAUAAGUGGCUUGUGAUGGGGACCUUGAUGGAUCGCGGUGUGGAUUUAACCAUUCUGUUUUGACUGGGCCUCUGGCGUCUUAACAGUUCAUAACGGUCUGCAAAAAUUACAUUUCGGAGUUUACUCACAGCUUAAAAUCAAACAGACCAGUUUAACUGCACUGUAGAAUCGAAACUCAAGUCAUACUAAUAUUGUUUAUUUUAUUUUUUUACUGUAGUGAUCACUCAUAAGCCAUGCAUUUCUACCUAUGAAUGUUUUAACUAGAAUGGACCCAGGCAACAAUGGAGGGAGUUAAACUGGCUCAGAUGUUAGUUUGUAACAUUUAGUGGCAUAGAUCUGAUGAUCACUGUCUAAAUGGGGAGCAGGUAGGCAUAAUUGAAUUUUUCCCAUUUAGAUUGAUCAAAUUUGUGCCUCAAAGAUGUUUUCCUUUUUAAAUGUGGCCUUCAUUCUAAUUUCAUCUCUUCCUUGCCUAAAUAGGGCAAAGUUACCGGAUUGAAAUAAGUUGGUACAGUAUGUACUGUGGCUGACGCUUACGCUGGCAGCCAUGACACCCUGAAAAGAAACUGUAGGCCCUGUCAACAGGAUUCCCACUUGUAGCUUUUAGGAUACUUUGGGGGAAAUACUGGGUCCAAAGUGAUUUUAUGCUCAGUUUUUUCCUGCUGUUUUGUCUUUUACCUUGUUCAGACUGUAAACUGUUACCCUAAAUAUACAAAGUACUAGGUCCACUUGUUUAAAAACUAUAAGCCUUGUUGGUUUUUCACGUGAACUCGACUCAGUCGUGAAGGAGAAAUGCAGAUGAACAUAACUGGUUGAUUGAUUAAUUGAUUGAUUUGUAUUCAAAAAGGUUGAAGCUUAGUCUUAGGACCAUGGUUCUAAUAACUUGUACACUUUUUUUGUAGGAUACAUUGUUAUUAGUAUGUUUAAAAAAAAUAAAGUGAUUGAGAUGUUUUUUUUAUGUGUC